AAUCAGUGUAACAUAAAUUCCCAGUUAACUAUGGUGUGUAGAUAGAGUGUUAACCUAGGUCGACCUUUCGUCGUAUUUCAACACGAUCAAGAUAAGUACAGUAGCAAAAACCUUCAGGAGAUAAAACAUUGCAUAAACGUUAAUUUAAUUUUAAAAGAUGAAGAACGGUGUACAUCUAAUAGAUUUCGUUGGAUACGGAUUUUACCAAAUCACGUUUACAGUUGCAGUAUGUUUAUUACCGUAUAUGUUCUUAAAGUACACAUUGUCUGCAAUCCUACUUUACGUGUUAUGGAAAGUGGUCCUUAAAAUAUGGUCGAUGUACUUUGAGCAGACGAUAUCCACUUCCGGUCGUGGUGUCUUUAUAACCGGGUGUGAUACAGGAUUCGGUUUCGCCUUUGCAAAGCAUUUUGAUGAGCUUGGAUUUAUUGUUUUUGCCGGUUGUUUGAACGAGAAAGGAGAAGGUGCACGGAAACUCCGUAAUGAAUGUUCUAAGCGUCUACAUGUCGUUGAAUUAGAUGUGACAAAGGACAAAAGUGUUUCAGCAGCGUUCAAGUAUGUCAUGAAUAAGAUUCCAAAGCAUGGUUUAUGGGGUAUUGUAAACAAUGCUGGUGUAAAUUUUCUUGGGGAGAUUGAGCUUACCACAGUGUCUCAGCUAGAGAAGACAUUUGAUAUUAAUCUAUACGGGCCAAUUAGAGUAAUACGCGAAUUUCUCCAACUUAUUAGGCAAUCAAAAGGACGGGUUGUCAAUAUUACUAGCGUUCAUGGUAGAAUGGUGUUGCCCCGCCAAUCAAACUACGAGACAGCAAAACAUGGAAUUGAAACAUUAUCAGAUUCUCUGAGACUUGAAAUGAUUAAAUUUGGGGUAAACGUCAGCAUUGUAGAGCCAGGCAUGUAUGGAAGGUGCACGUCAGUAUUAAGCACGGAAAUGGUGAAACGUCUGAAUCAAGAAUUAGAAGAGAUGUGGGAAAAUGCAACUCCGGAUGUGAAGAAAUCCUAUACAAAACAAUAUUUGAUGUCUUGGACACCUAAACCAAUGGGAACAUGGCCUCCAAAUGAUGACGUCACUCCUGUUGUCAAAGCAGUAGAGCAUGCCCUGAUAAGCUCUUCUCCGAAAACGAGGUAUCUUGUGGAUGGAGUUGGCUCAAAGUUAUCUCUUAUAGACGAAUAUGCGUUAUUGGCAAGAUUUAACAACAUUCUUCCAACUUGGAUUACGACGAAGUUCGUUGCAGCGUGGCGUGACUGUUAUAGAACUGUCAAAUAAUGUCUGUAUUAAGAAUUAGCUAUUUCUCAAAAAAAAAAAAAAGAAUGUUUGAUAAAUUUCUGUAUUAUA